UUCUACAAACUCACACUUCUCCUUCUUGCUUGGCUUGUGAUAAAUUUUAGGUUCCCAUUAUGCUUCGGUCCUGGUACUCUCUGUUGAACGGGAAUUCAGAGGAGUUGGGAGAGCUCACAGAGUGUCCUUAUGAUCAAGGUGGGCACUUCAUCGUCAGUAGGAGUGAAAAAGGUUUUAGUUGCCCAAGUGAAGAUGAGCCCCAGUCAAGUCUGUGUGUUUAAGAAGCAGUAGGCAGUAGGAGGCCAACAAAUUCACUUCUUGUGCGGCUGAGAUCCGGUCUGGGGCAGAAUCCCACAAUAGGCCAGCAAGUGUUGAGUGGCUUAACGUAUGCAUCAACUCUAUCUCACUUGCGUCGAUUAAAUUCUCCCACAGCACCUGAAGGGAAAUCAGCAAAACUGGGGCACUUAAGACGGUUGGCAGUGGGGAAUGAUAUGACCUGCAGAAACACCUGGAGGACAAGUGAGUGUCAUUCUAAUAUGCAUAAAUAACUGUGGUGUAUGCAUUAAAAUCUUUGUCAGUGGCUGCUGGAUUGGCGUACGUUGGGAUGCUGAUAUGUUGUUGAAGGCUCUGAAACAAUGGAGCAGAAGGGGAACAGGAUCAUCAGGAGAAGAUGUAAUUUUUGGAAAGACAACUCCGAUUGCUCAGGACAAUCCCCAAUGUUCAGCUGCAUGUUGCACUAGGCGUGACUGUAUCACAAGUGUAGGCCGAAGUGAGACUGGGAUUGUUGAUCAGGUUUUAAUUAAAACUAAUGCAGAGGGCUAUAGAUUUGGGAAAGUAAAGGUGAGAUCAGUCCAGAUUCCUCAAAUUGGAGACGAGUUUAGCAGUCAGCGUGGUCAAAAGGGUAUAGUCGGCAUAGCUUACACUCAGGGAGACACGCCUUGGACUGUGGAGGGGAUUACACCGGAUGUUAUUGUGAACCCCCAUGUCAUUCCUUCAAGAAUGACAGUUGGGCAAUUUAUUGAGUGUAUUAUGGGCAGGGUUUCAGCUUCCACGGGAAAGGAAGGGGAUGCUACUCCAUUGGUUUCAGCUUCCUUGGGAAAGGAAGGGGAUGCUACUCCAUUUACAAAAUGUUACACUAAGUUUUUCCAACACCUCUCCAGAAUCUUUGGUUCUUUCCAUGCUGAGAUUGAGACCAUUGUGGGGGAAUAGGAUCCCUUUAGCUGCCCCAUGUAGUUCAGAAAGGGCCUAGUUGGGUCAAAUCUGGAUGGUAGAUUGGCAUAAUACAGGUGUUGUUGCUGGAUGCAUUAAUCUGGAAGACCUUUUUGUUUCUUCUGACUGCCUAUCAACUGUGACAACCUUAAACUACAAAAUAUUGUUACUCAAGACAGUUACACAACGUUUGCAGUCUACCAGUCUGGGUUUUGGUUCUAGUUUUCUCCAAGGAAUGAUAUGUUGCCCGCGUCGGGCAAGUUGCCCGACGCAGGGCCCACCUCCCCUCUCUCUCUCAAUUUGUCCGCAUUAGGCAAAUGUUAUGUUGCCUGACAUGCAGGCAACAUAACAAAAUCGAGUUUUCUCCUACUUAUACUUUAGUCAAUUGCGUCAACCUGAAACUGUUUGCUUUGGUUUCCUGUGAUCUUUGGAAGUUAAAAAGUUUUCCCAAUUCCAUGUACCUACUAUUGCAGGUGGGGAAUAUCAGCAAAGUUCUUCAUAAUGAGACCACAAGGAAAGGUUGUUUGAGCAAAGUGACACGUAUAGAGAGUUCUUGUAUACGAACGUUGUGGCUUGAUAGCUAUCUCACUGUCACUGCAGAGGUUACAAGAACAAAACUGGCAUUGUGCAGCUGCUCUUCCAGGAGCUAAUGUCUGGCUAUAGCUCCAAGAAUGUUGACAGAGCCUACUGGUAAACCAUCCUCUAUCCUAAGACCUAAGACCAGAAGAAGGUAGGAAUUCUACCUUGGACCUGGGAAACCAAACCUCUAGCGUUGUACUUAAAACUAGAGCUGUAUCAUCAUGUUGUUGUACUUCCUUGUACAGACGGGGGAAUUAGCAGAAACAUGUUGUAUCUACUGGGAGCCUCACCGAGCAGUUCCUGAGGGGAUUUAUGGGUCAUAUGCCUUCAUUUAUUGGUUCUGAAGGAUUCAAGGAUUGUCUUCGAGAGCCACUAAUUCUUGGUUUUCUAAUGGGGGGGUAUAAAUAAUUUGGCUUGAUAAGAACAGAAGGGUAUAGCUUAUUAAAUUUUGUUUUCUUUUCUUCUAGCAUGUAACUGUAAAUUAAGUACAUAAUGCUUCAUGUUGGAAAUGUUGCAGUAUUUAGAAUGAUUCAUGUUUUUAUUUGAAUUGCUUUUAAAAUUAAUGAUUCGAUUUCAUUAUCUUUUGUCUUGAAAUGGCAUGAUUUAAUGUUUAUCCUUUUUAUAGUCAGAAAAUAAUGAUUUUAAACAAUACAGAUAAAUUUAUAAAAAAAUAUGAUCAUAAACAGAGAUAAAAGAUAAUUAAUGAGAAAAUCUAUUUUAUGAACUCCUA